CUUCACUGCUACUGGUAGUUUAUUCUACGUUUCCCUUUUGCAAACAUAUCAAAAAUACUAUAUGGGGAUCGGUACAUUUCAGUUUCUGCAAUACAUUGUUUGUUUAGAAAUUACAGUUCUCCCAGUGGUUUGAUCUGGUUAUUUAUUGUGGGGUUUUUUUUGUUUUGUUUUGUUUUUUUAAACUGAAAUGACAGUAAUUAAAAGUUUGGGUGUCACAUUGCAUGGCAUGAAUUACAUGGUUUAGCUUGUGUGCAGUUUCCAAUUGCUAAUUCUCUGGGUCCCACCCACAUAAUUUUCCUCCUCCUGUCAUAGAAAGAAAAACAGGAUAAGCAACUUUAACCAAUGUGACAUUUUCCAGUUGGAUAAAGUAUCAGUUUGAUUGGUAAUCCGAUUGGCUGAGGCUUAUAAUAAAUAAAGUAUACUGGCGAAGGUCUGAGCAUUAGUCUGUAGCAGACACCGAAAUUGGCAGCAAUACAGAAUGGCUAGAAGGCAGAUAAACCAUGAACUGUCUGAGAUCCUGGCACAGCUCUGGUCAGCUGAUGAGAAUCGUCUGAAGUCAGGAAAAGAUUAUGUAAUCUGUCCACAGGGGAAGGCGGUAUGCGGUGCUCCGGGCAGUAGCAAUGCCAGAGACAAAGUUUCAGCUCCUCUGUUCACUUACGUGAAUGAGGAGCGGCUGAAAAGCAUAAAGACAUAUGCGUUGUUUAUAUCUCUGCUGGACAACUAUGAGAGGUCAACUGGAGUUGCAGAGAUUGUUACAGCUGAAGAAGUGAGAGAGAACCACCUCUUUCUCGAUGCUAUUUUGGACACUAAAGUUAUGAAGCUUGCUCACCAGUAUUUGAUUGAUCAAAGAAAGGCAAGCCCAGACCCCAAAAGAUUUAAGACCCAGCUGUAUGACAUCUGGUUUCAGCUUUACAACAGGGAUAGCAGCAGUGGAGCGGAUUCAUGUGGAUUUGAGCAUGUCUUUGUAGGGGAGACCAGGUCCAAACAAGUCAUUGGUUUCCAUAACUGGAUCCAGUUCUACCUGCAGGAAAAGCAAAACCAUGUUAAUUACAAAGGCUAUAAAGCACGAUCUAACAAACACAGGCCUGAAGAGGACCAGCUUCUAACCCUUCAGUUCAGCUGGAAGGGCCAUUUGAAGCCUGUCGGCAGCAGUUUCAUCGGGGUCAGCCCUGAGUUUGAGUUUGCAGUCUACACCAUUUGUUUCCUGAUGUCCCAUACCCAUACAGUUGUAAAAGUGGACGAGUAUGAGCUGGAGAUAGUUGUGUAUCGCAGUGGCGGUUGCAUUGGAUCCUCUUAUCCAAAACUUCUUAGCAAUAACAAUACUAUGUAACUGACAUGAGAAGUUACAUAUAUUCUAGAUUAUACAGGUUUAAAGAGCAAUCAUUUCUGUAGAAAAGUGUGUGCAUUAAAUUUGGAUACAGCAAAACAAUUUGCUCACAUGCUUCUAUUCUAACAUUCCAAAAAUGUGCCUUUAUCCACAUAAUUUAGACUGAGCAAUGAGAGGAUGUUUAGUGUGUCUAGAAAAUGAAGACUCACUUUUACAGUAAAUUCUAGAUUUCCAAGCUGAAAGGGUUUGUACACAGUGUCUGUAUCCUGAAUUGUACACUUUAAAAAAUUGCAAAAUGCUACAUGCCGCAUAUGCGUGAUUUGGGUGCUAAAUGUGUGUGUGGUGGUGGGGGGGGGAAUCAAAACAAAUUCAGAGAUUAUCUAUAAAAAUGCUUUCCGAUCACUAAAAAGUUGUUAUUGCCUAUUUGCUAUCUACAAAGCCUACUAAUAAUCCUUUUGGGGCCAUUUCUUUACCUAGUGCUAAUUUGUAUGCAUUUUUUGUGGUUGAUACAAUAAAAUUAUUCAACAAUAUAUUGCUUUUUGGAGGUGGGGAACAUUCGUUUUGGUAUUUCUUUUAAAUUGUUUUGUGAUUAAACUUUUGGUUUUGACAUGAGA